AUGCCAAAGUCCUACAAUGAAUGCUUCAGCCCCUCCACCUUCCUCCUCACCGGCAUCCCUCAGCUGGAGGAAGCCCACCUGUGGUUCUCCAUCCCCUUUUGCCUCCUGUACACCGUCGCCGUGGUGGGGAACUGCACCGUCCUCUUCAUCGUCAAGACCGAGGCCAGCCUCCACGAGCCCAUGUACCUCUUCCUCUCCAUGCUGGCCGUCAUCGACCUGGUCCUCUCCUCCUCCACCAUGCCCAAGCUGCUCAGCAUCUUCUGGCUGGACGACCGAGAGAUCGGCUUCCACGUGUGCCUGCUGCAGAUGUUCGUCAUCCACUCCUUCGCCACCAUCGAAUCCGGGAUCUUCCUCGCUAUGGCUUUCGACCGAUACGUCGCCAUUUGUGCUCCCCUGAGGCACAAGACUAUUCUGACGCAUCGAAUCGUCGCCCAGAUCGGGCUGGCGGCCACCCUGCGGGGCUUCCUGUACAUCUGCCCUCUACCCCUGCUUGCCAGGCGGUACACGUCCUUCCACACCAACGUCAUUGCUCAUUCCUAUUGUGAGCACAUGGCUGUGGUCAUGCUCUCCUUAUUUUUUGGAGGCCACCGGAGUUUUUCUGACCAGAGUUUCUGA